UGCUCGUAGCGCUGCCAGGGAGGCUGCCCCGGGCACGGCGGCGGUGACUGCCCCUCGGCUCCCAUGGAAGGGGAGGGAGCGGUGGGGCCAGGCACUGCCCCGCGGGACCCCCCUGCGCCGAGAUGCACCUCCCGGGCAAGGGUGCGGCUGAGGAGGGCUUCAGGAGUGGCGCUGCUGCCCACGACAGGGUGCCCUCAGGAAUCCUGUCGCAGACUAUGAACUACGUGGGGCAGCUGGCAGGACAGGUGCUGGUGACGGUGAAGGAGCUCUACAAGGGCAUCAACCAGGCCACGCUGUCGGGGUGCAUCGACGUGGUGGUGGUGCGGCAGCAGGACGGCUCCUUCCAGUGCUCCCCCUUCCACGUGCGCUUCGGCAAGCUGGGCGUGCUGCGCUCCAAGGAGAAGGUGAUCGACAUCGAGAUCAAUGGUGAUGCUGUUGACCUCCACAUGAAACUGGGGGACAAUGGAGAAGCUUUCUUUGUGCAAGAGACUGAGGAGGAAGAUGAGAAAGUUCCUGCUUAUUUAGCAACAUCUCCAAUCCCCACUGAGGACCAGUUCUUUAAGGACACUGCCAGUCACCUGAAGGCAGGGGACAAUGAGAGGCCAUCUGCAAACCCAGAGCUGUCACACCCUGUGGAGACAGAGGCUGCCUUCACCCCGGGCUCAGUCAAAAAGAAAAAGAGGAGGAGGAAGAAAUACAAACCAGACAGCAGGAAGGAGGAUCAGAUCUCUCCUCCUGGCAUGGAAGAGAUCUUUGAGAUGGAGAUCAGCUCAGAUGAUGAGAAGAGUGUCCAGCCCCUGAGAGGCUCCUCAGAUGCAUCUGCGAAGGCCGAGGAGCAGAAGGAGUCGCUGCUGUACCACUCCAAGGACCAUUACCCCCUGUCUGAUGGCGACUGGUCCCCUCUGGAGAACCCUUUCUCUGAGACUGCCUGCCCCAAAAGUGACUCGGAGCUGGAGGUGAAGCCUGCCGAGAGUCUGCUGCGCUCGGAGUCCCACAUGGAAUGGACCUGGGGAGGCUUCCCGGAGUCAACCAAGAUAAGCAAGAAGGAGAAGGUGGAGCAGCCUCGCACGGCCACCAUCACCCCAUCGGAGAAGACUCACUUCAGGGCGAUCCUCAGCUCUGAUGAAGUGCAAGAUGAUGAAGAUGUGAAGGAAUCUGUCUGCACAGUGCUGAAACCUGAGCCAAGAACCCAUCCUCUGCUCCAGCAGCUGGAAGUGAAAGAUUCUCCUGCUUCUGCCAUCACAGAGCCCCAGGUUCUGUUGCCCCUGGAUACUGAGCAGCAUUCCAGGCUCUUGGGGUACCCUUUGCCAGAGUCCAAGCCAGCAGCCAAGGCUGACUCUCCUUCCAAAAAGAAAGGCAUGCACAAGCGAAGCCACCACCAAGGGCCUGAUGACAUCUACCUGGAGGAUCUGAAGGCCCUGGAGCCUGAGGUUGCAGCCCUCUACUUUCCCAAGAGCGAGUCCGAGCCGGGGCUGCGCGGCUGGGCGGAGCCGGAGCCGCUGCCGGAGCCGCUGCCGGAGCCGCUGUCGGGCUGGCAGUCGCCGCAGUCGGUGGGCAGCGCGGCCGCGGACAGCGGCACCGAGUGCCUGUCGGACUCGGCCAUGGACCUGCCUGACGUGACCCUGUCCCUCUGCGGCGGCUUCGGCGAGCAGGGGCAGAUCUCGCACGAGAAGUUUCUGGAGCACAUCAUCACCUACCAGGAGUUUGCUGAGAACCCUGGGCUCAUAGACAACCCCAACCUGGUGAUCAAGAUUUACAACAGGUAUUACAACUGGGCCCUGGCUGCUCCUAUGAUCCUCAGCCUGCAGGUCUUCCAGAAGAGUCUGCCCAAGGCCACUAUUGAGUCCUGGGUGAAAGAGAAGAUGCCUAAGAAGUCUGGAGGGUGGUGGUUCUGGCGCAAGAGAGAGAACAUGACCAAGCAGAUCCCAGAGGCAAAAGAUGGGAAAAGUGAGACCCAGAGAGCAAAUGAGCUGCCAGCUGCUAUCACAGAGCAAGUCACCAGCAGGCCUCCAGAAGAUGACUAUUCCAGUGAUGAAGCUUCCCAGGAGGUGCAGGAGUCCCUGAAGCUUGACUCUGCCCUGCCAGAGCACCCCCCCCACGGCAGCAUCCCAGCCUACAAGAAGUCCCUUAGGCUGUCUUCAGACCAAAUAGCGAAGCUGAAGCUCAGAGAUGGUCCCAACGACGUCGUCUUCAGCAUCACCACCCAGUACCAGGGCACCUGCCGCUGCGCUGGCACCAUCUACCUCUGGAACUGGAACGACAAGGUCGUCAUCUCGGACAUCGACGGCACCAUCACCAAAUCUGAUGCUCUGGGACACAUCCUCCCUCAGCUGGGCAAGGACUGGACUCAUCAGGGCAUUGCCAAACUCUACCAUUCCAUCAACGAGAACGGGUACAAGUUCCUGUACUGCUCGGCGCGCGCCAUUGGCAUGGCAGACAUGACCAGAGGCUACCUGCACUGGGUCAACGACAAAGGCACCAUCCUGCCCAGGGGCCCCCUCAUGCUGUCCCCCAGCAGCCUCUUCUCUGCCUUGCACAGGGAAGUCAUAGAGAAGAAGCCUGAGAAGUUUAAGAUCGAGUGUCUGAACGACAUCAAGAACCUCUUUGCCCCCAGCAAGCAGCCCUUCUACGCUGCCUUCGGCAACAGGCCCAACGACGUCUACGCCUACAUGCAGGUUGGGGUCCCAGACUGCAGGAUCUUCACUGUGAACCCCAAGGGGGAGCUGAUCCAGGAGCGCACCAAGGGCAACAAGUCCUCGUACCACAGGCUGAGCGAGCUGGUGGAGCAUCUGUUCCCCCUGCUCAGCAAGGAGCAGAACUCUGCCUUCCCCUGCCCCGAGUUCAGCUCCUUCUGCUACUGGAGAGAGCCUCUCCCUGCCCUCAACCUGGACGACCUGGCCUGAAGCUGCUGCUCGGCUGCAGAUUGCCAGCAGAGCAGCUGCUGCUUUGUCUUCCGAGUCCUGCUGGGGACAGCCUCAGCCCCGCGGUGCAGGCACGGGAGAGGUUCUGAGCCACCUCGGCUCGCCGUGGGCCUGCUUGUUUUGUGGUCUCCACGCCCCCCUCUGAGGCACUAGGGCUGGGGCUGGCACCCUGGCACUUGGAGGCGUGGACCUCUGCCCUGCCGCCAGCACAGCCCCGCCUGCAGGCGCAGUGUGGGGCCGUGUGCCCUGCAGCAGAACCUGAGCCAAACGUGCAUGGAAGCUGCCAGCUGAGGCAGGCCGGGCACUAGCGCGCCAGGGCCACCUCGUCAGCCACAACCCAUGGCCAGUCUGCCCUGGUCAGCUCUGCAUCUGCAGGGCUCCAGCACCAGGCAGUCCCUGCCCCGGCAUGCAGACGGCCCCUGGCACAGGCACUCUGCUCAGCUCCUUGGGUGGCAGCAGCCCUGCCUGGUGACCUUCAGACUGCUCCUCAGCUUGCAGGGUAAGGUGCCUGAGUGCGCAGGACAGAGCUGCGGCUGCCUUCUGCCUGCCCUCCCCUUCUCUUCCUCUCUCCUCAGCUUCUCGUUGUAGUCUUUCCUUCCUUUUCCCUGGUCCUUCCCCCCCCCAACGCCUUCCCUCUUUCCCUCCCACCACAUCUUCAUUUUCCCCCUCUUCCCUUUUU